AUGGCAGCAGCAGCCUCCACUGUUCGCCGUGGCUCCGCCAGCAGCGCCUCCGUCUCCCUCGCCAUCGUCCUCGCCGUCGUCGUCACCUGCUCGUCGUUUCCUCUGACCCGCGCCGCCGCCAAGGCGGCACCGUGCUCGAGCCAGACCUUCUCGGGCACCGGCGGCGAGCAGCGCCUCUACGCGUCGUGCGCGGACCUGCCGCGCCUCGGUGCCACGCUGCACUACAACUACACGGCCGCCACCAACACCGUCGCCGUCGCGUUCCGGGCGCCGCAGGCCAAGGGCGACGACGGCCUCGUCGCGUACCCGACGGUGCUCGACAGCUACGCGCCGCCCAUGGCGCCCGCGGCGCCCGAGGACCUGGCGUUCCCGGUGUCGGACGUGGCCGCGGAGUACGCGGACGGGAAGGAGAUGGUGGUGUACGCGACGCUGGCGCUGCCGGCCGGGAAGCAGGGGAGCAAGUUCACCCACGUGUGGCAGCAGGGGACUGCGGUGGUGAACGACGUGCCGGCGGCGCACCCCACCACCGGGGACAACAUCCUUUCCACCGCCACCAUCGAUUUCAGCGAUUGA